GUUUUUAGAAAAAAGACUUUGUCGCUGUAGUUCUUUGCUAAUCGAGGUUUUUGAUGUUCCUAACAUGCAAACAACCGAUAUUUGGAUGUUAAUAAUACGGUGCACGGAAAGUUUGGAACCUUAAGUAAGGAGGUUGUGCUUGUCAAUGGGUUAUGGAAGGCCUCGGUGGGCGUUGCAGGGAGACAGACCGCUGUUCGGGCAACGCCCGUAUGACAGCCCACUACCGGAGGACAGUAUUCGUCGAAAGAGAGAAUGGAGGCUCUUGUGAAGGGGUAACCUCAAAGCCAAUGCUUGAAGAACAUAAUUCAGAGUCGAAUAGUGCUGCUAAAAAUCCAGCAUUGAGAGGUGUCAACGCAAGUUCAGCAAUGGGCUGCAGUUCAGGUAGAGUUGUGAGAAGAAAUCCCAAUGUGGCUGAUUUCUAUUGUCCUAUUGCCGACAGUAUGGAAUGGAUAGAUGGUCAAGACAGCCCUGUACCCUCCCCACCCAAAGAGCUUGGUACCUACCCAGAGAAUGAGACUCCCUCAUGUGAGGCACAGAUUGAAAAUGUGGAGGGCUUUGAGUCAUCCAGUAGUGAAAGCAUACAGGCUGUGCAGAUAAUUCCCCUUACCAAUGGGUUACACUCCAAGAAUUCUGUAGUAAAACCUGGUAAACAACAUCGUAGGAGUUUGCUCAGCUGUGCGUCACAUCAGUCUCCAGAUUUGGCUUUAGCAGAUAACACAAUGUCUGCGUCCCACAAUUCCCAUGCAGCUCUGACAGAAAUUAGAAUUGGAAACAGUUGCUUCUACGUGCCGUCAGCAUUAUGCUCUAACAAUAUGGCCACUCGUACGGUGAAUUCAGAACAUUUUAAUAAAAAUGGACGCAAGCAUGAAAAAUAUUUGAAGUCGAUAGACAAAUGUAAAUUGCCAAAUGGUUUGACUUUUGGGAGCAGAGAUGUGAAACUAGUGAACGGCUCAUCCAGUAACUCUCGGAAAAGUUGGCCAAAUUCUGAGUCAAGUCACAGGGUAAGGGAUCGUGGAUCCGAGUCCAGUCACAAGAAAAAGGGCAUUGUGUCCAGCUCUGUUAGUGUAGAUAGGAUAACUUCCUUACAAAACAACCAGGAAGUACAAGCUGCUGAUAGUGCUAAAACUAAUAUGGGAUCAGUUUGUGAAGAGGUCAAGUGUAGAGGAAUCCUUCCCGUGUUUCUCCAUACACAAGAGGUUAAAGGGAACGAACUGUGCAAUAACAAUGAAAGGGAGUGUAAGGUUUUUUGUGCGAAGGGUCCAGGUUCAGGCCUUGAAAAUUGCCCUGAAGACUGUAACAUACAUGCUAACAAGCAUGAUGAGUGUGUAAAUACAAGCUCAUGUGUGCCCAGAAACAAUUCCUCGGAAUCCAGUGAAAUGCUAGAUUUCUACGACGAUGGUGUGUUCUUAGAAGAACGAUCGCCGCUUGGAGAAAAUGGAGACCCACCUGAAAACUAUGGUGCAUGUGGGGUAUGUGAUGAUAGUGUUGAGGACUUGGAUAGAUCGCAGUGUCUAGAAUCAAGGACUUGUAAUAAUACAGAGAGUUUCUGUGAUAUUGAAGUUUGUAACUCUUCGUAUAAUUUCCUAGCGACAUCUGUGUCACCCUCUGCUUCUAUUAAAUACUGUGAGAAAAACAAAGAGCUGGAGAAAGUGCUGUUUGCUGGAGCCUGUUCAGCGGGUUGUGAUAACAACGACGACAUAGGUGAUUUCAUUGAGGCUGACAUACCACAGCAUGUGGACAGGUUGUCCAGUCCUGGUGGUUCUCGCGCAUCAACAUCUUCCAAUGAUGAGGAUAACAUAUUGUCUUGUCAAGAUCUAAACAAAGUGGGUAACAGCAGUGUAAACAUAGAAUGCUGGGAUAAUGAUAAAUACGAGGAUAAAUCAGCCUUUGUAGAUGACGACAUCACAGACUGGUGUCAUCAUCCGCAGGAAGCGGAUUUAGGCAGAGAUGGGGUUUUCUUCAGCUAUGCCCCAAACCACAACCCAUCGCUAAUUCCCGGCUUGUUCAGAAGAGACACACGAAACUGUUUUGGGCGGUGGAUGGGUGGCAGUUUGGAGAGAAAGCCCACAGAUCUGUUGUCCGACGUUUCUGCGCACAGGCAGUGUCAGCGUCCUCGAGGUCGCUCUGACUCCUCCUCCAUUGCCAAACAGAGCAGCAGCGACAGCGAGAUUAGUAACCUGGCAUUUUCUGAUUCAUCGCUGCUUGUUUCUCCUGAGGUUGAUAUGAUGGGCUUUGAUUUAAUGGUCACAAACUCUGACCUGGACAGAAUCGGGCACAGGGAUGGUAUAGGUGUUAAUGGAGGAGGCUGUGAUGCUUCCAGUGGCACUUUACGGAGAAAUUCUAGUGAGGAGGGAUUCCACGAGGCCCUGGAGGAAGAGUUGGGUGCAUGCUUCAUCUCUGGCGCUCAUGCCAGCGGCAAUUGCUGCUGUCCCAAUGAUCUAAGUGGCUCUUCCCCUUUGCAGUCAAAUGGCCACUCAGCGAACCAAGUCUCCCCUAGUGCAGCAGCCACAGACUCGCACAGCCUGAACUUGCAGGUGCACAGCAGCCCCUGUUUCCAUAGGUACGAGGAUAAUAAGGAGGAUGGAGAUGAAGCCUGUGUGCUUACAUAUGAUGAGACUCACAGAGCGAAACCCAAAGCCAAAAGUCACAGGCGAGACGGGGGCUCGCGGAGCCGACAGAUAGGAUGUAGAGACAACAGGAGCGCUGUAGUGCCUGUCCCCAUUAGAGGCCUCACCCCAGAGACUCAUACUAACAACAUCGUGGGUGAGGAACACACAACAUGCCCUGGGGGUGAGGAGUCAUCUUCAGCUUCUACACACAGGCUCCCUCUUGUCUGUUUGCCAGGUUCAUCCACAGACCCAGCUGGAUUGGAGGAUACGAAUGAAGAAAUAUGUGAGCUAAAAGAGUACAUGUUCGAGGACAAACUUAAGAAGGUACGAAAGGAACCCCUAGACCGUGUCAUGAUCUGGAAUGAGUGCGAGGCAUACUUCCAUCAGAUGAAGCCAGUGCUGUCUGCCCCAUGCGGGCCCAUGGCUGUUCUCAAUAUGCUGAAAGCCUUGGGUCGCGAUGUGGACAGGGAGGAGGUUUCCAAGGUGAUUUUGUCCCGCCCCCGUGAUGAGACCGCUCCUAUCCCAGAGUACCUCUUCUCUAGAGGAGUUGCUGGUACAACAGCAGAGGCUCUGAUAGAGGGUGUGGUUCAGCUUACCAAAGGAGAAGUGAUUGGUCGCUUUUUCCAAUUCUAUCCCCCAAGAGAUGUUGAACUUCUGAAAUGGUUGGCUUACUGGAUAAAGAAAGGCGCUGUCCCUAUUGCAACAUUAAAUUUACAGAAGAGUGUGCGGGGAAGUUCUGGCAUUCCUGAUGCUUGGCAUCAUCAGAUGGUUUAUGGAGUCAGUUCUAAAGGUGUGCACUUGACGAACCCUCUGGAGAUUCUCCCUGAAGAGGUAAUCUUGGAGCAGUUGUUCAGUGAGUCAGUGCUGUUGGUACAGAGGCAGGACAUCGUCAGUCGCUAUAACGACCACUGCCAGCUGUACAAGUUCCUACAGCAGCCAGACUCGCGAUGGCAGACCAUGAAUGUGCUAGGUCAGGUAGUGAAUGUAUUACGAGAGGAGACAAAGAUACCUGGUUACAGAGCUCAGGUGACCUCUCAUGUGUCCAUCCCGGCUAUCUACCUGUCUGGGAUCACCCUCUACCUGCCAGAGGACUCGCCCAGCCUAGGGGAACUCACCACCGUACCCAACCUGCCCAUAGCUACUCCACCCACCACCUCCUUGGGAACAUCUGCACCCUAAGCCAUACCCAAGGGUUCCUAACUAAGCACUAUGUAGCGUAACUGAACCAUGGGUCAUUGAUUUAGUUGUGAUGCACCUUGGAUGGUAAUGCAGGGAUCUUGAGUUAUGAUAACAGAGUGACCUCCCUUUACAAAAUCAUGUCAAUGCUUUUAAUAGGGCAUAGGAGUAAACUCUGUCAAAUUUCACAUGGGUUGGUAUAUUCAACACUAGUUUUUUUCUAAAAAUGUUUGUUUUAGCUAUCUGAAUUACAGUAAAUGAUUUUAAAAUUUCAUCUAUCACUGAGCCCACAUUUUACCAAAUUUCUGUUGACCGUUUGUUUGGAGGGUAUGAUUACAUUCAUACGGAAGGUAGUGUUUUAUGACAUUUAUUGCGUCUUAAAAUACAUGUUUAAGGAAAAAUUUUAGGGCAUUUACCAUAGAUAUGCCAGUGGUACAGGAUGUUACAAAGUACAAAAACAUAGAAAUUCUGGCAUCCACAUUAAAAUUUUGUCAUCCACAUACCAAUUUUGGCAUCCACUUCCAAAUUCUGGUAUCCACAUUGAAAUUUUGGCAUCCACAUACAAAUUCUGGCAUUCACAUUGAAAUUCUGGUAUCUAGUACCUGAACAUAUAUCGCCAUGAUUGGGCCGUAGAAAGGCAAUGUCGUCGUGUCGUAACAGCUAAAUGGCAUAUUGAGUGAGACGGUUUACUGGAACCAUUAUGAGAAACGACGAGAGUACCAUGGCCUAACCUGGAAAUAAUUUUAAUGUUGGUGCACUACAUAAUGGCACAUCAUUCAGCUACCAGUAAUAAAGUAAUGUUAUUUUCAAGGCAGAUUUGUGCUGGACAUCAUACUUGCCCUGCUGCUUAUUUCCAGGCUUGACCAUGGCCCUUCAACGAGAACGUCCCUGACUCUUAGGCAUCCAAUGUUUUGACUGUCGGAAACACAAAGUACAUCUGGCUGCAUACAUGAAGAAAUAAACCAUUUUAAGAAAUUAUGAAAUGAUUUAUUUCAGUCAAUUCAAGCUGAAUGGAUUCAGGUCUCCCAUAUGAAAUUAGUGAUGAAAAGAGAAGAAAAGAAAUUCCAUCCUAGCUGUAUCUACGUUUUGGUUCUUUAUGCAGCCUACUACAUGUAUGAUAUUUCUAACUGUUUACGUAGUCUUCUAAUUAUUGGAGGCAUUUUUUCCUCUUGGUUGUGAGCAUUGAUAUAAAGCCGUUUAAAUUUUAAGCCUUUAAAUUUUGA